UAUCUUGUUCCUGUAUUUUAGCCUGUGUUCUCGGUUCUGAAGGAGAAUGGCCCGCACCAAGCAGACAGCGCGUAAAUCGACCGGAGGGAAAGCUCCUCGCAAACAGUUGGCGACCAAAGCGGCGCGGAAGAGCGCUCCAGCCACCGGCGGAGUGAAGAAGCCUCAUCGCUACCGGCCCGGCACCGUGGCUCUGCGGGAGAUCCGGCGCUACCAGAAAUCCACCGAGCUGCUCAUCCGCAAACUUCCCUUCCAGCGCCUGGUGCGGGAGAUCGCUCAGGACUUCAAAACCGAUCUGCGCUUCCAGAGCUCGGCCGUCAUGGCCCUGCAGGAGGCUAGCGAGGCUUACCUGGUCGGGCUGUUUGAGGACACUAACCUGUGCGCCAUCCACGCCAAGCGAGUCACCAUCAUGCCCAAGGACAUCCAGUUGGCCCGCCGCAUCCGCGGGGAGCGCGCCUAAACCCGGCCUCCACACCAAGCACAAGAAAAGGCUCUUUUAAGAGCCACUACCACAGCAA